AUGUUGCGCGCACUAGGGCUCAAAAGGGCUGAAUCUAUUCCGGAUCUGUCCCAGGCUGAAAAGACCGACCGGGUGAUCACGGAGGCCACGCAGUAUGAGGUGGCUCUAAGAGCAAUGGACUAUCUUUUGGAUGACAGGGCAUCGGAGGGGAUGGAUCUGAUUAAAAACGAGGACGGUGCGAUUUACCAAUUGGCUUUGGGUGUGAUUCAGUUCUUGGAAGCCACGCUCGGGUUUGAGCCAGAGACUAUGAAAAAGGCUCACGAAACGCUGUCUGUGGCUGAAUCUAAGUGUUGGAAGGAAAAGACAACAAGCGAGAAAUACCGUAUUCGUUCCAGUUCAAUUUAUCCGCCUGGAACAGAGUGGGCUGUGACCUAUGCCGAGGCAAAUCUGCUGAGUGCGCUGCUGAUGCUACUUUCAGAGAGCGUGGUCGAGAGUGCCAAGGCCUUGUUCAAACUCCGCAAAGCAUACCAUACCCUUGACGAGAUCAGUCGCAACAUGGCCACUGUUGAAAACGGCUCCGGAUUGGGCACCAAAUUGAACGAAUCAUCCGCUAGUUUGGCCUCGUCGGCUGCAUCUAAGAUGUUUGCCGAAAUCAGUCUUCCUCUUGAUGAGCAACAACUCAAAGAUGAGGCUGUCAUCAGAAGGUGCGAGAGGUUGUAUGCCAUGCGCAAGAACCGGAUGGAGGGUUCUCAUAUCGGAAAUUCUUCCUUAAGCGAGAGACUAAGGCCUGAUCUUGGAAUGACACCGGGUGACACUCCGAACGAGACCACUGAUGAUUCUACUCAGUCGGAAACGUCCAGUGGACACUCAGAUGUGUCAACUAUCGAUGAGUUCAUUCAUUCUGGUGUGAAUCUGUGCUUUGGGAUUCUGCAGGUGGUUCUAUCACUGAUUCCGCCUGCAAUUGGAAAGGUUCUUUCGGUGGUUGGCUUCAAGGGAUCUAGAGAGGCAGGGCUCAAGAUGUGUUGGAAAGCUUCUGAAGAACGCAAUAUUCACGGUGGUAUUGCUUUGUUGGCGCUAUUGGUGUUUUACGAUGGACCGUUCCAGUUCACGGACGUGGACUUUGACGUGCCGUCCUCGGAGGAACUCACCCGGAAAGUGUCCACUCUCUCUGUGCAAAGGUCUUCAACACUUACAAGUGCUGGAGAGAGUCUGAGGCGAACGUUGAGCCGCAAGAAGAUGGCAUUGGAGGCCAGAGCGUCUGCUGGUGUUGGAGCGCCUACACUUCUCCAUCCAGGUCCAAGACUGGCAACAGCUCUUUUGCAUGCUCGGGCUAUCUUCCCCAACAGCAGUUUGUGGCUUCUUCAGGAGGGCCGGAUGCUGGCUUCUAGGGGCCGUCUGGAAGAGGCUGUAGAUCUCAUGGACUCUUCGAGUAGGAAGGCUGAGAUGGUCCAGAUCGACGCUCUCUUGAUAUUCGAUAGGGCCAUGAUCCUGGUAUUUUUGCAUAAGUACGAGCGAGCUGCACGGGAGUUCAUCAAAUUGGUGGAGAUCAACAGCUGGUCCCAUGCUCUGUACUUCUACUUUGCUGGAGCGUGCUAUCUGGAAGCUUAUAGAAUGUGCCACACCGGGUUGCUCAUAGAAGGAGGAAAGGAUAACAUUGUCGCCGAAAAGAAGAGCUGGUAUGCCAAAGAGGCCGAAAGAUAUCUUUCUGAAGCGCCCGACCUGAUCGGAAAGAGAAAGUUCAUGGCCAAAACUAUGCCCUUUGACAAGUUUCUGGCAAGAAAGGUCAAAGCAAUCAAGGCUGUUGCUUCCAAAACGGCCCUCCCAUUUGUGGAUGCUGUUGGUACUUCGCUGGUUCACGAGCUCUGCUACUUCUGGAACGGAUACGGUCGUAUGCCUGGGCCACAUCUGGAACUUUCCAUCAAACUGUUGGGAUACAGUGCCUCCAACCCAGAGGCCCCUUAUGCUCUCACAAAGCCAGACGGAACGGUGUAUGCCAAAUUCAGUGAAACCAAGGAAGAGUCCUUAAUCAGAUAUACACUUCAGACAAUGUCUUUAAGAAGGCUGGGCAAGAUCGAAGAGGGCUCGGAGUUACUGAACACCAGAGUCAUCUGUAAUCUCACCGAGUCUGGUACCGUUGAUGUCCAUGCCAAGAGUCUGAAGUUGACUGAAAACCCAUGGUGUUACCCAACAGCUCUAUAUGAACGAGCGCUGUUUACAUGGCGUGAACAGGGAAUCGAUGGGUUGGCGGAGGUGAAGAACUGGUUGAAGAAAUCGCAAGCUUUUGGUGGAGACGACUACGAGCUGAGUACCAGAGUGGGGAUGAAGACGAAAGCUGCUCUGGACAGGUUGGAGGGUUUACAAUGA